UAGCGACGCGAAAGCACGAAAGCACGCGCUGGAAGAGCAGUCGCAGUUGCCUAAGGCUGACUAAGCUUGGCAUCCCCAGCUUCCAUGUUCAAUACCACUUCCAUUGCUCGUGACUGCCAUGUAUCAAAUAAACACCACUCUCCUGCAACCUUGUGAUUUUCUGGAACAGACUUUCUCAAGUCAGAAUUCGUGAUUUCGCGCCACAUACAGCAAUCCUUGUGACUCGACACUUUCCACGCCACCUCAUAUUGCCAUAGCAGAAUGGCCCCAACAAACACAUGUCUAUUUAGUGCUGUCUCUCCAGCAGCCCGCGACUUGACUCUGUUACUAAGAUGCAUCGCCUUUGCUUCCAAGACUCAGGUACGCCUUUCACCAGAAGGUCUGCGUUUCAGCGCUCAGGAAACUAGUGUCAUGGAAGCCUUUGUCUUUCUCUCCAGAUCUCUUUUCACAACUUGGAGCUACCAAGAUCCAGAAGCCUCCGAAGACGAUUCACCGGAAAAUGAUCCUACGCCACCAACUUUCCAGAUCUCUCUUCCGGCUUUGCUAGAGACUCUACAAAUCUUUUCCCUGGGUGACAGCAACGCUUUCCGUCAGCAAGAUCCAUACGACACAUUGAAUGCCUUCCGACAGAAUCGGAAUAUCAACAAUCCGUUCUCUACUGCUGCUCUCGGAUCCUCUGCCCUCUGCCGCAUCUCCUACGAGAAUCGUGGCAGUCCUCUGUCCAUACAGAUAUCGGAGACGGAUGUUACCACGAAUUGCGACUUGACAACCUACCAAUCCGAAACCACAGAAGACAUACCUUUCGAUAGGGAGACUCUAGCCCUCAAGACAAUUAUGCGCUCUGCACACCUAGCCGACGCAAUCUCUGAACUCGCCUCCACGAAUCCUACCAGUAUCUCCUUGAUCGCCUCACCCACAGCACCUUAUAUGUCUCUCUCAGCCACCGGGCCACUAGGCUCAGCUACCGUCGACUUCAACAAAGACCAAGACCCUCUACUUCUCGAGACGUUCCAAUGCCCCUCUCGCUUCCGCACCACAUACAGCUUCAGACACAUCAAGGCUGUAUAUCGCGCCAUGGUCUCCGCGUCCAAGGUCAGCGUGCGCGCAGAUGAGCAAGGUGUGCUGAGUCUGCAAUUCCUGAUUGAGGUGGACCCAUCAGCUCAAGCUGAACCUGGCAAAGAAGGUAUCGCUUUUGUGGACUUCCGAAUUGUGCCGCAGGUCGAGGGAGAGGCUGCGAAAGAUGAUUCAGAGACGGACGACGAGUGAGAACGUGACGGCUUCUCAGUGCUACCUCCAUCAAUGACCUCAAUGGUCCACUGGCUCACCUCGAGAUGCAGCCCGUCCGUCCACUAAAAGCUGGCGACUCUUAUAUCACGUCGCUCUUAGAACGCCAACAGAAACAUGGCUUAUCCAUCAUCGGCAGCCUACGUGCCAGUCACGCAGCGUUUCACAAUCAGAAUCCACUGAAACUUCGAAUGUCUGUUAAUCUGCUUCCGCGUGUGGUCAGGAGCCGAGGGUCUACCAUAUCACCCAUGGACCUGAUACCGCCAUGUCAAGAGGAGUACUAUCCAAAGAGAAGAGCUUCUGUCCAGACCACAGACACUGGGGGGAUACGAUUCUCA